UCCCUGCUCCACUGCUCAGUCUCCUCCGGCUUUAGCCACACUCUCAGUUUUCAACUCCUUUUUCCUCUUUUUUUUUACCGAGAUGUCACUGAGUGAGAAAAGUGAUGAGGAGAUCAGCACGUUACUUACUGCGUACAACAUUAAACAUGGACCCAUCGUGGACUCUACUCGGAAGCUUUAUGAGAAGAAGCUUGAAAAAGCCAUGGAGAACGCUCCAGUGAAAGCCUCUUCUGAUAAGACCUACUACAGAGAGGAAGAGGAGGAGAUUACCUAUAUCACCUACCACAGUGCGGAUAGACAUGAGGGUUAUGCAGACAUGCUGAAACGAAGAGGUAAUGCUGAGACAGAUGAAGAGGAGGAAUCGGACCAAGAUACAGAACCUGCCAUCCAGAUGACUAACAGGGCUGCCAAUCACAGUGCAGUACGAUCCAAAGAGGUGGUCAGGAAGUCUGGGGGCAGCAUGUGGAAGGUGAUUCGCCUGAUGGUGUUGUUAGCUGUGUUAGCAGCUGUCCUCUACUAUGCAUUUUGCUGCAUGAUAAAAAACGAAGAAAAUCCUUUUGGGGUUCAGUGAUAUUUUUUUUUUUUCAGAUAUCAGUUUAUUUUUAAAUAUGAAUUCUCCAUUAAUGCUCAACUGGAGAUUUCUUGGAUUUUCUUUGUUUUAUUUGAAUUUUCUGUUUUCGUUUUUUUAUUCGUAUUAGUAAGAGAUUGACCACUGUGGAACCUAGAAUGAUAAAAAACACAUUCCCAAGCACCUUUAUAGCUAGUUAUAUUCUGGUCACCAAAUCCCAUGAAAUGUUAAAAACUACCCCGUGCUGCCCCAAAUAUCUGCUGGAGCCCAACAUGUGGUUUAAUCCACUUAAAAAAAUAGUCAACAACAAGGUAACAUUUGCUGAAAAUAGAGUCCAAAUAAAUUUACAGAGUCUUUUUGUCGAAAUAAACCGUAUUUCUGAGCCAUCAUGUCCAUCUUCAGUAGGAACUAGUGUGUUUGGGAAUGAGACAGGCUCAUCAUCUGGUCAUGGUUUUAAACUUUACAGGGGAUGAGCUGACAGUAAGACAAAUAAAGAAUAAUGCAGUUCCUCUCCUUUCUUUGCUUA